GCUCGUUCACAAUUUUUCGUCUUUUGUAAACGAGCACUAUUUCUUUUCACGGGCAUUUAUUAUGUGUGUCCUUCUCAUUGGCCUGUCAGACUCUAAAUAAUAUAUUAUCGUAGGGUUUUUUUUACGAUAGGCUGCCGCCCAUAUGUUCACGCGAGAGAAGAAAGGAAGGGAAAAAAACGAAAGGAGAAAAAAAGGAAAAGAAAAACAAAAAUUGGGGCAUACACGUAUGAUGGCGCGUAUAUCUACUACGUCACGUCAAAGUUUGGCCCUUUCGUGAAAACGUGUUUUCCUCCGCGAGGGAUUUUCCGAAAGUUUCAAAUAGCCUGGGCCGAGGCGGGCGAGGGGGUCGAAAGAUAAACACAACCGGCAUAUAGGACAUAAAAUAAUGACAAACCGAGAUAACCAUUUAUGUCGCAUUUGUCUCUCGUCGAGCAACGACAAUCAACGUAUCUUUUCGACGAACGAAAAGCAUACGAGAGACAAGGACGACUUGUCGGAAAAGUUAUGGUUCUGCGGAGGCAUCGAGGUUUUCGAGAACGACGGUUUACCGGAGCGUAUCUGUGUAAAAUGUAUCUUGAAGGUCAACGCGGCUCACGAACUCAGGGAACAGUGUCGAAGAACGGAUAUAAAGCUGAGAGAAUUGUAUGGGAAAGCGAGAAAGACGGUUGACGCUUCGAGAUAUAACUCUGUAAAAGAUCAAUAUUGUCAGACCGAUGAAUAUUUUGCGAUUCCAACGGAAGUAGGGAACGAUGAUCGUUCUCCUUUGCGCGAGAACGUUGUUAUUGAUAAUAGUCAUGACGAGGGUACUUCUCUUCUGAAUCUGAAAGGUACUACUAACGUUAGAGUAUCGAACGACAAUGUUAAGACCGAGAAUGAGAUAUUGUCAGAUACGGAUAAUAAAUUUGACCGUUCGGUACAGGAGUUGUCGGUUGUCAAAAGAGAAGCCUAUCGUACGAGAAGAUUGGCAAUGUUCAAAAGAGUUACCUCGAUGGAAAAUUUAAGAAAUCACAAAGAAAGACAAAGGCAGUAUAUUAAGAAGAACGGCAAUGCGAAGUCUCACGAUGCUGGUGAGAAAGAUGGGCCCUUAAAUAACGAAAGCGCAACGAGUAAGGCGGUCAGGAUUAUCGAUUCCGAAUUAAAUCUCGAUUGUCCUCAAUGUAACAGACGUUAUUCAAGUAAGAAAUCUUUAGAGAGGCAUAUAUUGACCCAUAAUGAAAAGAAAUUCAAAUGCGAAAAGUGCGAGAAACGAUUCUUUCAUGUCGACAAAUUAUUACAGCACGGUAAACUUCACAGGCCAAACGAUAAGUCAAAUUUGGUACCGUGCAAAAUAUGUAAUAAAAGUUUUAGAAAGACCGACACUAUGGUACGGCACUUGAACGUUCACAAAAGGGUCAAUCCUAAGGAAGUAUUUUCUAUAUUGAAAGAAAUUAGGGAUAGAAGAAAAUUAGAAAACAACGUGGAAUCUUUAAUGAUUAACGAUCGACCACCAUCCGUACAAGACGAGAAUAAUAUUAUUAAGGAUCAAAGGGCAAUCGAGGUUCGCGAGGGCGAGGACGACGCUAUGAAAAAUUCAAUUAGACGAGUGUCGGUUGCGGAGGAGAAAAUUGAUAAUUUUUAUACGUCCGGUUCCGAUUCCAAUAGCGAUAACAAAUCUGAUUCCUUCGAAAGCGUAGGAAUUUAUCGUUGCAAACAUUGCGACAAAUGUUAUAACGCGGAAAGGUCUCUUCAGCGUCAUCUCUUGAUGAUACACGACGAAAAGAGAUUUGUUUGCAAUGUUUGUAACAUGAAAUUCUUUCGGCAGGACAGACUCAAGAGCCAUAGAGAUAGAUAUGGUCACGACGAGGAUAAAGAUUGUUCUAUACCUCAAAAGCCACCGGACGACAGGUCGGCCAUUAAAUUGAUAAAUAGCUGGAUAAGAGAAGAAUUAGAUUCUGAUAACGAAGGGAAGGGCUUCCCUUGUGAUAUAUGCGGUAAAUCGUACGACACGAAGAAAUCGUUGUUGAAACAUCAGACGAAUACUCACGACGUGAACGAGGAAAAUUGUUCGAGUUGCGGUAAGGAAUGUACCUGUGGUAUUAAGUUUAAAGGGACACGAAAGAUUAAUGAGAAAGUGAACAUUUUUACGUGCAUAGAAUGUAAUAAAAGUUUUGAAAAAGAGAUCAAGUUGCAAAGGCAUAUGCGAAUACACGAACGUACGAAAGAACAAAAGGAUUCGAAUUUCAAACGAUUUUUAUGUCACAUUUGUAGCAAAACUUUUAGACAAAAUACGGGCCUUAUGUUUCACAUGAGAACUCAUACCGGAUAUAAGCCUCAUGUUUGUAAAUAUUGCGGACGAGGAUUUACGUCAAAUUCCAAUUGUAUUAAUCACGAGAGAACGCACACCGGCGAUAGGCCAUUCGUCUGUCACUUUUGUAGCGCCGCUUUUGCCAAAUCUUGCACCCUUAAGGCGCACAUCACUACGCACACAGGCGAAGCUAAUUAUCAUUGCAAAACUUGCGGCAAAUCUUUCAGAAGAUUGAAAUAUUUGAAGGAACAUAGAUUCACUCAUACCGGGGAGAAACCGUAUGCGUGCAAAAUAUGUGGCACCGCUUAUAGCCAUUCCGGUAGCUUAUUCGUUCACGAAAAGAAAUGUAAAGCUCAGUACAACAAUUAUCAUCAGGCUGCUCCUCCGCCUACUCAAAAUACUCACAAUUAUGGCCAAUCUCAAGGAAAUGUUUGCGCGAGCACGCCGGUCAUUGCUCCUAUUAUUUCAACCCUGCCGCAAUCUAAUAACAUCGGUAAUAGUAUAGGUUGUUCUCAAGCGAAUAAAACUUACAUUGAUAGCGUUCAAAGGAUGAACGCUCAUGCUGCCGCCGCGGCCGCCGCAGCUGCUGCCGUAGUCGGCGGUACGUCUUCGUUGCAUGUACAUCCUAAUCCGGAUAUUCCAGAUGUAGCGUCGGCCGUAAGAAACAUUGCCAUCAUCGGACAAGUAUUUUAUUCUUAAUAAAGUCGCACAUUCGCAAAUUUUGCCUCAAACUGGCCGCGAGAGGGAGAGAGAGAGAGAGAGAGAGAGAGAGAGAGAGAGAGAGAGAAGAAAGGAAAUUAAA